UGAAAGGUAGGUCCUCGCGACCUUGGGCGGACGCAUUGUUGUUUCGCGAUCAUUCCAUUACAGCCAGGUACUAGCGCUUGUCAACAUGGCGAAGUUGGGAGAAGGUGAUCCUAGGUGGAUUGUAGAGGAAAGAGCAGAUGCGAAAAAUGUUAAUAAUUGGCACUGGUCAGAUAAAGACGCAACCGGCUGGUCCAUAAAUAAGAUAAAAGAGCUGUUGAAAGGUUCUAAGAUUGAAAAUGACUUAUAUUCUUGUAAAAUCACUGAUAUUUCUAAACUUGAUGGGGAGGCUAACGUUUAUGUUCGGAAAGGAAAGUUAAUGUGCUUUUACGAGUGGGAGAUUGUGAUUGACUGGGAGGGAAUAGUAAAAAGUUCGGAAGACAAGGUAAAAAUUGUAGGUAAAGUGGAAGUUAUAAGUCUGAUUGAUGAAUACGGUGUAAAUAAAUGUGAAACCAAUACGAGCUGGACUUCUAGCACUGAUGGUGAUCUAGUCGGGAGUUUUAUGAAGUCAACUGGUGUUGACUUUAUCAAGUCCAAAUUAGAGAAAUACAUCACAUUACUUAAAGAAGAUUAUGCUCAGGGUCUUAUCCUCCCAUCAAAGAAUGGUGCUAACGUGAAUCCUGCUAGUACAACACGGUCUGGCGCGGCUCUAGACAAAACAACCAACAAAGCUUUCCACACUGCCGAUGGGAUCAAAGAACCUAAAGACCUGUCAAACAGAGAUCUUUCAAUCACAGAUGAAUUUUUCUGCACUCCGGAUGACCUUUACAGAGUUCUCACUACUAAAGAGGUACCUAGCUCCUUACAGUAAGAAUCACAUAGGUUGUAGGGUCGCCCCUAUUAGAUAUAUGGAAAAAAUAAUGUCUCAGUUUUCUGUAAAUUUUAAGGUGGCAAAUUUGUUCUUAAAGUAAAUAGUAUUGUUAACAGGACAUUCUGCGCUGCAUGCUUAGUUUAAGCUCAAAUUUGAAUUCUCUGAUUGAUCCAAUCAUUAUCACUCGUAGCUGAACCGGAAAGAUACUAGAAGCUUCUGUGAGAAUUAUUCUUUAUACAGAUGUUUCUUGGGAUCUACCCUGUUGCUACCACAAUGCUCUUUUUGUCAAGGAAUAUCGGACAAUGGGGAACAUAACAAUUUUUGAAUUCAUUGAUAAUGAAUAUCUUAAUUUAACCAUAUGAUCUGAAUUUGUAAAGUAGUUUUCAUACUUACCAUUAUGGAAACACCCAUAUUGUCACGCAUUUGAAAAUUUGCAGUUUGCAACGUAUAAGUAAGUAACUCAAUAAUUCUGGCAGUAGCUUAAUUUUUCUUUCAUGUGCUUCGGGGAAGUAGUUAAACACAACUUAAAUUUCCAAACUUACUCCUGCUAACCAUUUAAAUACGUUGGUGCGACUCGUUAUUUGUAACCAGUUAAUCCAUGCACUAAGGCUCUCAUUUAUAUUCAAAUUCUUGGGAUUAAAUGUGCAUCAUUGGAUUGAAGAACAUCGAAAUUAGCUGUUUCAACAACUUUGGAACCAUAGUAGUAUAAUUGCUCACACAAAACCUGUUGUAUAGUGUUUAUUUCAAGAACGUAUAAUAAAAAGCCAAUCUUAUAAUAAAUCUCCCUCAAGAUGUAUGUUCAAUAAACAAGGUAAUUUGCGUCUAUCUCUAGAAGAGGCCACGAGUAUGUUGAUCUAAAUUAUGCUCCAUAAUAUUCCGUGAAUUUUGUGUGAUAUUAAGUCAUAUACAAUACUCUUCCAGAAGUGUUAUGAUAGUAUUUGCGAAGUAUUUUAAAAAAGCAAUAUCCAUGACUUGAUCGUAAUGUUGAAAUAGUUGUACCCGGCUUGCGUAAAUAACAGAAUUUGAUACCAGACUUUGGAGUUAUAGUAGUACAUAUUUAUGUACGUGCCAUGUUCUACGUUGCGUUUGACUCAUCAAUGUAUGAUCACAUUACAAUGUGAAUUGUUUAGGAAAUGAUACUCUUGUUGGAAUACCAUACCACACACAUUUCGCUAGUUACUUUCAGUUUGUAUUGGGUUACCUUUAAUAAAUUACUAAAUAAAUAUCAUAUAGUUUAAGUACGAAUGCGCUCUUUCUAAUUUUAGUUAGUUAAAGCUUUUACACGAUCUGAGGCCACCGUGGACCCAGUUGUCGGUGGAGCAUAUUCCGUCUUCAGUGGAAACAUUACAGGAAUCUUCGACUUGCUAGUAAGUCCCACUGAUUUUUGUCCACGUAAUUUUUCGAAAAGCACUAGUAUAAUUCAAAAGUAAACUUGUCUAUAUGUAGUCACCAAUUUUUCACACAUUCGUUAGGGUAUAUCUAAAGAAAAGAAUAAGUUCAUUUGAUAUGAAACAACUAGUUAGUUUAAUGAAGUUAGUUUUCUUUUCAACAGUACAAUUCACUGAAGCUGUACAAUUCUAUUUAAAAUUAUUUUAGAAAUCUGGUGGCUGACUAAAAUUAUACUUAUUGAGCGGUAUAAAUCGCAUUCAAUAUUUGGUAAAAUAUAACAGGGACCAGGAAGAGGUUUAAUAGUAACCGAUACGGUUAUGAUAAAAUUAUGGAACUUAAGAGUAGUCGUAAUUAGAAAGUUUAAUAAUUAAUUGUCCAUCUCGUUAUGGUGACCAACUUAUAUGCAAUUGUAAAUUUUUUAUCAACUUCACAUAAUCUACUGUUUCCUAGUGCUUUUCAGUUUAUUACACUCUUUGGUUCUUAAUAGUACUAAAUCAUUAGCUCAAUUUAUGAUUAACUUGCCAACUAUGGCUAUGUAACUCCACAUUACCUCCCAAAUAUUUCACAAAACCAAAUAACGUGGUUCAACGAGUGAGGGAUCAGAUAUGAAAUAGACAUAGAAAGUGCACGAAAUUGGACUCAAACUCCUCAAAGGCAACUUUAAAUCCUGCUUUGCUCCAACCUUUCCGUUUGUUGUUCUGUGUUUACCGGAUGAGAAAUCCUUUCAUACUUUUCAUCUUUGAUUUAUUUUUUCCACUACACGGAUUUUUACUUAAUCUCUUUGUAAUUAUUGUUCUAAUGUUUCAUUCAUUCUCACGAUCCAAUACUAAUCCCAUUUUGAUUAACUACUAUGUGUGAAGGUAUUGUGAAUAUGUUGUAGAGCUCCAGCGAAUAUUAUUUUCAACUAAUUGCCUUCACUUCUUUCAAAAUCAUAUGACAUCACCUUCGUAGCAAAACUGGCUUCCUAUCUUCAAGGAUUUUACUGGAACUAGUAGAUUUCAAUUGUUCAGCUGUUCGGUCACAUUGUCUUCUAACGUGAAUUUAACGGUUUGAUGAGCGGUUUAAAUAUUUGUUCUCACAACGAACACUCACCCAAAUCACGCAGACUUAAUCAGUUGGUAAAGUGUCCGUAGGUAUGGCAUGUGCUUUCCACCUAAGUGUAGAGCGCUUUUACAAGAUUAGCAGGACCCUGUGCCUGCUCUCACUUUGAGUAGUAGUCGGGGAGUUCGCUUAUCUGGGUAGCCGUGUAAGUGUGCAUAGUGGUAUGAGUGAUGAAAUCAAUUCACGUAUAGUGAAAGCCAUAGCGGCUUAUGCCGAUCUGGACCAUCUUUGGCGCCUUCGUGAUGUUGGUCUGGCUGUAAAAGGUUGAAUGUACAAACGCGUCGGUGAGGCAGUUUUGCUCUGUUCUUGCGAAUACUGGCCUCCGAGUUGAGGAUGUUAGAUGAGUCUCCGUGUUUGAUCACUGUUGUCUCCAAAGGAUUAUUGACAUCCAGUGGCGACACCAUGUUAGUAAUGCAGAGGUUCGACAACGUGUGAUUGAGCACAAUGACGAUAAUUCAAUUGGUGUUGUCAUCUUCAAACACCGAUCUCGGUGGCUUGGGCAUAUCCUAUAGAUGUCAUCUCAGUGGACUCCACACCGUGUGUUAUUUGAUGCACUGGGACUGGUUGGAAGAGGUGUUCAGAGCACGACAUGGUGUCGUGAUGUGGAAGAAAGCUGUACGAGACUGUCGGUCCUUCACGCUCUUGAGAUGUCAGACAUGGCUCAGAGUAGAAGCCAGUGAAAGUUCUGUUGUGGUGUUCAUAUAAAUGGGUUUUUAGUUGAAAGAAUGCUCAUACAUUGUAUAUUUGAACUGCUACUCAAUAUAAAUUUUUCACUCUUAUACACUAAUUUAUUUCAUUUCCAUUUCCUUCUGUAGUAUACUCGCCUUCCAUUCUCUAUCUCUUCACGACCUCAUUUUUAUUGUGUGGCACAUAUACGUUUUAAUGCGGCAACUUGAACUGAUGUACGUAUAUACGAAGUUUUACGUUGUUGCUGAUUGAUACAUCUAAAUAAUUCUUUGCGCUGUUUUUGUUUAGAUAAAUUAGUUAGAAAAAGUAGGCAUGAAACCCUUGUCCCUGUUGAUUGCAGAAUUAGUCGGUUUAAAAAACAAUGGUUAUCAUUCCUGUGAAACUUAUGGUAUCAUUUUUACGUGUCCCAAACUUGUUUAUGUAUAUUGGCCGUCUGGGAUACUUUCCGUUAAUAAAGUUCUGAUUACUCAGUUAGUCUGUUUACUACUGGAUUUUGUUUGUCUCAGCGAUUUAAAAGUUCAACUUUAAUGCUUAAAGUUUGAAUUAAUGUGAAUCAUUUUGUUGUCUACGAAAUGUUCAGGAUCCUGGUAAAAGUAUUCAAAUGAGGUGGCGUAAACGCGAUUGGCCUGAGAACCACUACAGCUCACUGACUUUGGAAAUGAAUGCUUUUGAAGGCGGGACGCGCCUGUUUUUAGCACAAAAAAAUGUUCCUGCCUAUGACUUGGAAAAUACCCGCGAUGGAUGGCUCACUAUUUUCCUUGCUGCACUGAAACAAACCUACGGAUAUGGUGGACGUAUGUUUUAAGAGCUUUACCAAAAUGACUUCAAAAACGGGAUGUCUACUAUGUAAUAACGAUAACAUCUGCUUUUACAUUGUAAGCGGUUAACAGCCUAAUAUAAUAUUUUGUGAUAUUU